CUCAAGAGAGGAGUGGCCCUCACCUCACUCCUCUCUUGGGCACCAGCGCACCGCACAACCCAGGCGGUCCAACAACAGUGCCCGUCUGCAUCCAGCCACAACAGUGCCCGUCUGCAUCCAGCCCUAAUCUCCGCAACAAUUCUCUUCUUCCGUCUUCUCUCCUUCUCUUCGGUUCGGUUCAUCGUUCUAAACCCUGUGUUGUGUACCUCUCGCUUCGCUACUCCUUUGCUUCAGCACCAGCUUUAGAAAUGUGCGGAGGUUUAGAUACCCCUGCCUCGCUUCCCUCGUACUUUCGACCUGCGCUUUCCAGAAGCACUGCCAGUGGCUGUUCUUUCCACGUCGGCGGGUCCAUGCAGUCAGGCAAUGGAGACCAAACCCUUUCUCUGUCUCUCGUGCCGUCUCCGCCGACCUCCCAUGCUACCAUAACGGAGCAGCAAAAAGACCGGGCGUGCCGCCUCGAAACGGUCGAUUUCUUUCGACCCUGCUCUGAUCCUUCAUCCAGCAAACCCUGUGCCUCAACGGUCCCUGAAUCUGCUCCCGCCGUUCCACAGACCACCGCUGCGAAUCCCCAGUAUUGUCACGGCGACCAGUCACAUCAUAGCGCUGAGCCAGCGCGUGCCGGGUCGUGUGCCGACUACUCAAUAGUCUUCUCCUCCACAAUCCAGUCUCGCGUUCUCUCGCCACAGAAGCAGCAGCCGUCGGCCGGCCGAUCCUCGUUAUUGACGUCCUCGAUAGCUGCGUCCGUAGCCGAAUGGUCCAACGCGAUGAUGCCGCCGCCAGGAACAGCAGGGCUUUCCAAGAGUCCUCUGCCAGGCUCGUCCCUCACGAGUAACGAUCCCCACAGACACACUGUUACAGCUGUUCGCCGACCAUCAGGUAACCCGAUUUCGCAUCAGCGUUCGCUAUUUGCGGAGAAGCAGGGAGACCCCGCGGAAGCGGACGACCGGUCCGCGAAGAGGCCUCGGUGCGAAAGUCUGUCGCAUCAACUUCCCAGCCUCAGCAGCAGCACGGCCUGCACAGGCAAUAUCCGCGAUAGAAACCCCACCGUUACACGACCUGGCCGAUCCAACCCACCGCCACCCGUCCCAACCAAAUUCUCCUCCGCGAACAUUGCGAAGGAUAUUCAGAAAUCGGCGCGGGGAGACCUGUCGUUAGACCUCCCCCCGCCAUGCUGUUCCUGGAUGUGCAUUUACUUCUCCGUCCCCUGCCGCCAGAAGAACCGCCUCGCCGCCACUGCUAGCGGGAGGACCACCAGCGUCAGUGCGGUCAGCGGUAGCGUGAUGAGCGGCGGCGACAGCGGCGUGAACAACAGGAGGAGAGUCCGCCCCGCCGCGCUUCCCGCGUCGAGCGGCACCAGCCUGUCCGUCGCGGCAGCUGCCCCGCAAAACCUGCCGCGAAAGCCGGCGGCGAGGGCGGGGAGCGUAAAGGAGGAGCGGGAGGAGUGGGUGAGGGACGAUCAGUCUAAGGCCGGCGGAGGUGCGCAUCUGGCGAGAUGCGACGCUGCGAACGAGAGUGCGAACGGCGGGGAUUCAUCGGUGCAUGGAGGCCUAAAUUCCACGCUGAAGUCGGCGUUGGCAGUAGCUAGAGGCGGUCUGUCGGCAGAUGCGCCAGCAGCAACGGGAGCCGCGUCAGCAGCAACGGGAGGGGGUGUCUUCGCAUCAGCAGGAGCGGCAAGCAAGCCAGCAGGAGCGUCGGCGUCUGAGCUGCUGGCGUCGUAUGCGGCGUCUAGCUCGGCGUCCCCUGCCCUCCGCGCCUUCCUCGCUCUCUCCCCGGACCUCUCGUCCCUGCUCAACCCAUCCUUCCCUCCCCCGCCCUCCGUUAAGGCUACUGAUGCAGCCUCUGCUCUCCUGAGGCGGUUGCACUCCGACUCGGCUGCUGCUGCCGUGGCUGCCGCCACUGCUGCUCGUUUGCAGCUGCUGCAGCAACUCUCUGCCGCGCAGCAACAGCAGCAGCAGCAGCAGCAGAACCCGCAACACCAGCAGCAACAUCAGCAGGAGCUACACCAACAGCAGCAGCAACAGCGGCAGUGGUCAAUGGAACCUGUUACUGAGCUGCUUACAAGGUCACAAAGAGACAACAGCUGCCAUCCACAAACACAGCAGGAGAUGCGGCAGAGCAGCGCAGCUCAUCACAAUGUCUCAAUGGACUCCAUGAACCAUGGAUCCAUUGUGGUAACCCAGAACCAUUCUGUGGGUGUGCCCAUGGCGGCAACAGCCUUUGCAGCAGCAUUGUCGCCUGUCCCUGAGCCAAUCCGACAGAGCUCUACCCAGGAAGAGCGUUGGUGUGUGCCGGCUCCUCUCACUCAUGGUUGUGGCCAUUCGUCCCCUCCUGUGGCCCGGAACAACAGCAAGGACCGCGUUUCUAGUUUUAUCGCACCAGAUGAGGGCCAGAAUUCCAGGAAGAACAAGGCUCUGGACCUCUCUCUGCGGUUGUAACAUUUUGUGUGGGGUGGAGACUUCGUGGCUACCCUGAACGAUGCUGAUUCUACAAUGUGACAAUUAUGUUCACUGUGUUGUGUGUAACAGCUUUGUGUACAUAGUUUUUAUUGGUGAUUUGUGUGUAACACAGGGCUUCAGAUUGGAUUUUGAGGGGCUG